AGUGUCCGUCAGCUGACUCCCUCACAUGAUCUGGACGGUCUGUCAAGAAGACGCCGAAUUAUUUUCUCCGUUUCUUGGUUGAAUCUCGUCCUUGAACGCGUCGCGAUGGCCGGCCGCGGGAAACUGAUCGCCGUUAUCGGUGACGAGGACACGUGUACCGGCUUCCUGCUCGGUGGGAUCGGUGAACUCAACAAGAACCGGAAACCGAAUUUCUUGGUGGUGGAGAAGGACACGAGCAUCACCGAGAUCGAGGAGACGUUCAAGAGCUUCUUGGCUCGUAACGACAUCGGCAUCAUCCUGAUCAACCAGUUCAUCGCUGAGAUGAUCCGUCACGCCAUCGACGGCCACAUGCAGUCGAUCCCGGCCGUGCUGGAGAUCCCGUCCAAAGAGCAUCCGUACGACGCGUCCAAGGAUUCCAUCCUGCGCCGAGCCAAGGGCAUGUUCUCCGCCGACGACUUCCGAUGAACCCUAUCCCUAACCGACCACGAACAUCCGAGUUCAUUUCCUCUUUGUUUCUCUUGAGUCUUGUAAUGAAUGUUUGUUAACUUAUGAAAUAAAUGGUGUUUGAUGUGAA